AAACCUUCGGCAAAGGGUAAUGUCGGAUAUGGUUCGAACUCAGGACCAUCAGGUGACACUCGGAAGCGCCGCCAUCCUGCUGGUUUGUGGAGACAUCGAUCAAAGUGAUGGUGAAGACAGUUCGGCUAACGUUUUGAUGACAAAUAACUUGGGAGAAACAAAAGAUGUCAAGAUGUGCCUUAAAGUUAUUAACUCUUCAUUGUUUUUGACGUUGAUCACCCUUUAUCAUUUGUUUAGUGUGACACUUAGUAUUGAGCUUACUUUAGUCUAUGAGCUGGACCACAACUUAACUGACGCAUACAGUGGAAAAUGGCAAACCAACACCCGCAUCGAAGCGUCAUGCAAUCCUAAAGACGGUUGCAAAAAAUAUGAUAAUUCGAAUACCAAUUUAAAUUUUCGUAUGAACGAAACAACAUAUGUAGUGGAAUUCACAAAGCUAUCCGAUGCUAUAACUGGAAAUUACAGCAUGAAUCCUGACGCCAUGUCACGACCCAUAAGAAUGAUAAACUAUGAAAUAAUUGUCACUGCUAUUGGAGAAGACAAACAAAAUCUUUCUGUCAACUGCAGCUUCGCUGGUUAUUAUCAGCAUUCAUCGUGUUUCUUAACAAAGAAAGAGGACACCAGAGGCUCAUCGAUAAAGUUUACUUAUGAAAUCUUCAUUAAGCGUUUCAAAAUAAAUCACAGUUCUGUAGAAGAAUAUAAGAAUAAUGCAUGGUCGUGCCAGGUAAGCAUGAUUGUUAGCGACACUACAGAAAGUAUGCAUGCUUCCGUACGAGACGAACGUGACACAUCUGUGACCUGUUCAUCAGAAGCAAAAUAUAUUAAAGGAGACAAAAGAGGAACGUCUGCAGAUGUUACUUCACCAUUACUGUGUAACCGUCCAGCGGACUUUGAAGCGCAACAUCAAAAUUUGGAUCUGUCAUCUUCUAAAGGCAUUGGAAUAGUAAUAUUGAUUAUAGCUGCAAUAUUAAUUAUUACGAUACCAGCCUCAAUAUCUAGCCAAAUGAAAUCGUGACAAAAGAAAAUCUCAUAGACCGAAAAUAUAUCAGAAAUUGCAAAAAACAAAAAGUCCAGGAAGAUGAGAAGGUUGAUGAAGAAAUACCACUUGACACCAGUUUUAAUAAAAAUGUCAUAAAUGGUACAUAAGAACAAUUCCUGCAAAAAAAAAAAAAUAACAA